UUUGAGACAAAUUUAACUUGAGCAGAAAAUUUCAUUCGUUUAAUUUGCAAUAUGAAAGUGUUAUUGUGCUUUCUAACCGCAUUAGCGGUUACGAAAUGUGAUUCUUAUAUGGAAGCUUUUGAUAAUGAUCUAUGGAAAUUCAUUCCAAAUGAGCUAGCCAAAUCAGAAUCAAGAAGUGAACCUAUUGCAGCAAAUAUAAAUGAUAUCUUAGAUACCAUUAUGGAUGACAUUGGAUUUUUCUUUUCUGAUAAAAAUUUGGACCCAAUGGCAAUGCCUGAUAUUAAAGAAGGAUUUAGUGCGAAACCAGCUUUGAUCACGUAUCAUGGAGAAUUGGAGUUAACAAAUGGCACAUUGAGCGAUUUGUCGACUGUUAGCCGCGCAGGAAAUGCGACCUUGCACUAUAACAAUAAAUUACUCAGAUUAUCCUUGGGACUUAAGUUUGAUUCUUUGAAGCUGGAUUACAAAUAUUUAGCAAAAAUUAUGAAUAUUGGUCCUAAAGGCAAUGUAGUGGCAAAGAUUAGAGGAACUGAAAUUUUCUUAGAUGUGAUUGCUGAUCUACACGAUUUUACAAUAUAUCUUCAACAUUUUGAAGUACCACAACUCAAAAAAAUUCGAGUGCACUUAAGAGGCAAUAUUUUGACUGAUUGGCUGGUAAAUGCCCUGUCCAGAGUGACUACAACUAUUUUCAGAGAUGUGAUCCGAAUUGUCGUUGAGAAACAAAUUGCAAAAACCAUUCAGAAUGUUAUUAAUGAAAUUAAUGCUAAAGGUGGAUGUCCGACCGCUGCUUUCAAGAUUAAAUAAAUAAUGGAAUUUCAGCUAUAGAUAACAAGUUUUGCAUUUGACAUUUACUGUGCAAAGCAAUAUACGCUUUGAUAUAAGUCAUUUAUAUAAUAUUUAAAUAUAAAAAAUAUACUAUAAUAAAGCAAAUUAUUGAAGC